UGAAGUCUGCUGUAAUUUGUAGACAAAUUUAAUAUCUGAACAAGAGUAAGAUGAGCCUCCUCUUCAGAUGGAGAUAGACAUACAGUGGGUUGGAGAGGAAAGAACAAUUGAAUCAUGGCAGACACUUUCUACUGGCCACAUUCCGUACCAGUGUUCCCAGUGUGACUUCAAUGCAACUGAUGCCAAUGAUCUUAAGAAACAUUUUGAAACACAAAAUGGCUUUUGGAAUUACUUGGCAGAUCACAUUCGAAGACACACUGGAGAAAAGCCUUAUGUGUGCACACUCUGCUCAUACAGAGCUACACAAAUGUCUAAUUUGAAUGUUCACAUGGUGGUGUCCGAAAAAGGCCUCAAGCGGAGAAGUUGGGGAGGCGACCCAAGAGGAAGGAAAAAUCUCAAUGCUCGCAAGUUGCACAAGUGUUCAUAUUGUAAUUACAUCACAAACAAGACCACCAACCUCACCAGACACAUUCACACUCAUACAGGAGAGAAACCCUUCUCCUGUCCAUAUUGCUCAUUCAGAAACUACAGUCUCAUCACAUUGACAUUCAGACUCAUCAUCCAGACGAUCAAGCACUCCAUUCAGAUGAUCAGAGCCAUCAUUCAGAUGUUUAGAGUCAUCAUUAAAUCGGUGGAGUUGGAUAGUGACGGUGAGAGGACAAGGUGGGGAGGAGACGCAGUAAGAACGAAGAAAAACACAGGGAAGAUGCAUAGAUGUUCAUACUGCAACUACGUCACUAAUAAGACCACAAAUCUGAUAAGGCAUAUCCACACUCACACUGGAGAGAAACCCUUUUCUUGUCCAUACUGUCCUUACCGAGCAACUCAGGAAAACAACAUUAAAUCUCACAUCCGCACGCAUACAGGAGAAAAGCCUUAUAAGUGUCCACACUGUCCAUAUUGUUCAUCACAGAAGUCUUCCUUGAGGAAUCAUAUCCUUACUCAUCAGAACAACACAAAUUUUAUGCAUUUUAGAAUGAAGAUUGUACAGAUUUUCUUCAGAAAGAAUUAUUUUAAAAGUCAAGGAAGUGGAGGAGACAUGUGUCUCAGAGACAAGAGUGGUUCAUUUUAUGGCAGUGAGGAAGUGCUCCCGGGUUGUGGUCCCCAUAUAGCAGGAGAGGGAGGACCCUGUGUGGGGAUACAGGAUGGCAACAUCAGACUACCCCAGAAUUCCUAUGGUUCUCAUGCCAAAGGCACGCAGCCCUUUCUGGUGCAGGCUCAUCCAGGAGACAAGCCUUUUGACUGUCCACAUUGUUCCUACAGUUCUGCCACUAGGGACUACUUGAAGAUCCAUAUACGCACACACACAGGAGAGAAGCCUUUCCAGUGCCCUCACUGCACUUUCAGAGCUGCCCAGAAAAAUAACCUGAAUAGGCAUCUGCGCAUUCAUACAGGAGAAAAACCUUAUGCAUGUAAUAUCUGUCCAUAUAGAUCAUCCCAGAAAAAUAAUUUGAAGAGUCAUUUACUAACACAUAGAUCUCAGAGUGAUGUGCUUCCAGGCCGAGACCCUCAGACAGUCGCAAGAAGAGGACCGGCAGUGUUGGUCACGAACUUGAACUCCAGUAUUACCACCAGGCAACCCCGCAGAUCCUUCGGUUUCCAUGCAGAAAAUACUCAAAAUCUCCAAAUACCUAUGCAUCUACAAGGAAUGCAUUUUGAGUGUCCACACUGCUCUUUCUCAACGACCUCCUCAGGUCACCUAAAGAUUCACAUACGCAGCCAUUCUAAGUCACCCUACGAGUGCUCUUACUGCUCAUAUAAGACAACACAAAAAUCCAUUAUGAACAGGCAUUUGCAGAUCCAUACAGGUGAAAAGCCAUUUGCCUGUAGCCUUUGCCCAUAUCGCUGUAAUCUAAAAGGUAAUUUGAAAAUUCAUUUAGAAAGACAUAAACGAAUGGGACAAAUGGAAAGUGACAAGUGAAGCCAAGUAGAUGAAGAAAAGGUUUUUUUCUUAUGUAGAUCAAGACCUCUGAAAAUUGUUCUGAAAUGGAACUAUAUGACCUUUGAGGUGAUAGAUAGUUUUGGAAUGUUAGUGUUAUAACUGUAUUUGAACAUACUGAUAUACAGCAAAGCCUUGUAUUU